CAUAAUAUUGUUAUAUAUAUAAGAACAUGUCUGAUCCAAAACCAUCUGGAAUAAGACCACCAUCAAAAAUUGGUCGACCAUGCAGCAAUUUACCACCAAGACCAGCAGUUCCACCAUCACCUCCAAGACCAUCAAUGAUAUGAAGCUGGGAUCCGUUAAUUCCCCACACCAAGUAAAUGAGUACGCCCACGAGACCCUGAGACGAGCGUGAACGAAUACUUUUACAAGCCCGAACUCGCUAACUUCUUGCGAGUCGUUCUUCCACCUCUCAGAGCAACGCAUCUCGUCUGAGCGAUCUGAAUAGCCGCAAAAUCUACAUACUAAUCUAUUCGAUUAUUCACGGCGCGCGGAGCGGAAAGAGAUGCUAGCCGCGUACAAAAGCUCCUGGUCUCGCAUUGAGGGCAGCUAUCUUGCCUUAUUGGUUCAUCCAGUGACUUCGACUAGGAAGAGACCGCGACGCGUGUAGUGCCGGUGCAGUCAUCGUCGUAUGACGCACAUUACGUUAUGCAAUUUGCAUGUGUUUAUUGUACGCUCAAUUUCCAACCGUGCAUUCCGUCUUUCCUCCCACGUGCUUGCCAUGCUUUCCAUUUCGGGCAGAGAUUUUCACGGCGUCUAUCUUGUACCCAUGAUCAGUCGCGCACGUAUUGCUGAUCGGGUUCGAGUUUCGCAACACGAUAGAAAAGCUCAAGGCCAAAUGGAUCAUCUUUGGGAAACGCAUGGCCGUCGAUUAAGCGAGGCUGGCCUGCGCAGAGGAUCAGAUAACAGCGUGGUCCUGACCGAGGACACGGACAGCUUUAUAAUCGGAGAUCGAGUAUGGGUUGGUGGCACGAAACCAGGCGCCAUCGCCUAUAUCGGCGAAACUCAAUUUGCACCCGGAGAUUGGGCUGGAGUGGUCCUAGACGAACCGAUCGGCAAAAACGACGGAUCCGUGGCUGGAUGCCGAUAUUUCCAAUGCGAACCGAAACGUGGAAUAUUUUCACGAUUGACCAGACUGACCAGGACACCGUUGCCCGAUACCUCUGAGGCCUCACCGACACAAAAGACACCUAUCUCGCCACCUGACAGCUCGAAAGGAAGUCUCAGCAAGUCCAUGUCUCCGUCUCUGAACGCAUCAAUGACGAGUCUAUCAUCGUCCACGGUAUCCCAGAGGGAUCUCAGAAUAGGUGACAGGGUAAUAGUAUCAUCCAGCCAAGGCAGCAAAACCGGUGUCCUCAGGUACUACGGUACAACAGAGUUUGCAGUCGGUGAAUGGUGUGGAGUGGAAUUGGAUGAUCCGAUUGGAAAAAAUGAUGGUUCCGUCAACGAUAAAAGGUAUUUCGAGUGUCGACCCAAAUACGGUCUAUUCGCACCCGCACACAAGGUCAGCCGGUCACCAACCAGCAAAAGGUCAUCAUGUAUGGUGCAUAGGCCAACAGGCGCCGCCUUAAAUACGUCCCUAAGGAAGACCGGUUCCAGAGAGUCAUUGGUCUCGGUCUCAAGCAUAGUCAGCACCACCAGUACUGCUACUAGAGCUGGUGUUAGUGCCGCGAGGAGGCCUGGUUUGCGCACUUCGACACCUGCACGAAUUACCCUGCAGGAAACAUUAAAGGAAAAGGAGCAGGAAAUUGAGAUUCUUCGAAAGGAAAGAGAUUUAGAACGUGAACGAAUUACAAAAGCUGCAAAUCAAGCAGAUCAGGCAGAACAAUCACUUAUAUCAAUAGUAAAAGAAUAUGAGCAGUAUCGAGAAAAAAUGCAAAGAACAGUUUCUGAAGCGGAGGUUGCGUUUUCAAAAUUACUCGAGGAGAAAAAUGCACUUGUUUUGCAAUUGGAAGAGGAGAAAAGAAAAUGUGAAGACCUUCUGUUUCGUUUUGAAGAAGAGUCAAUUAACAAGGACGAUAUUCAGAAAGAAAGAAGUGAACAAUGUGUGGUAAAUACUGUAAAUGAAAACAGGAUUAAAGAUCUUGAAAAACAAUUACUGGAAGAAAGAGAACGUGUUGCUCAACUUGAACAUGACAGUAUAAAAUUAUUUGAAACAGAAGAAGAAUUAUCCCGUUUACGCAAUGAAGUCUCCUGUGUUACUGCUCAAGAAAAAAAUCAAUUUGAAGAUUUACAGAAUCGCAAUAAAAUUUUAGAAGAAACUAAGAAUAAUCUUGAAAAAAAAAUGCAAGAGGAAAAAUUACUUAUGGAACGAUACAUAAUUCAAAUAAAAGAAUUAGAAUUAAAAUUGAAUGAAAAUCAACAAGAAAAUGCACUUCAUAAAGAAUCAGAAAUUAAUUUAAAAAAAGAAAUAGAAUUUGCAAUAAAAGAUUUGCAAGAAAAAAAUAUAUUAAUAGAAAAUAUGAAAAAGGAAUUUGAAAAUAGUACAAGUUCUUUAAAAGAACAAUUGCAUAAAGCUAUAGAAACAAUAGAAAAUAUUAAAAAAGAAAGUACAAGUGAAAAAGAAUUAUUAAUAUUUAAAUAUGAAAAGAUAGUAGAAGAAAAAGAAAAUCUUCUGAAAGUAAAAACAAAAGAACUAGAAUUAGAAUCAAAGAAACAAUUAGAAGUACAAAAUAUUGCUUUAGAGAAUCUUAAGACUGAAAAUAUAAAUCAAAUAAACAAGCUUUCAGAAUCUUUCAAUGAGCAGUUGAAUAUGAAAGAUUCGAAAAUUAAAGAAGUCUGUAUACAAUUGGAUCAAAAAAUAUGUGAAACUGAAAAACUGUUGACAGAAUUAUCUAUACAAGUUGAUAUAAAUAAAAAAAAAGAUGAAGAAUUAUACGCUGCAUUAAAGAAACUUGAAGAAUUAAAUGAAAAACUCAAAUUAAUGGAAGAGAAGAAUAGUUUGCUUUCUAAGCAGAUACAGGAAUAUGAAUCAAAAACUGAAGACAAUUUUAAAAUAAUCCAAGAAAAACAAAAAUUAGAGCAUGAUAUUGCUUCUUUAAUGGCUACAGAAGUCACUUCCUCUUCACAAUUAAAAAAACUAAGUGAAGAAUUAAAAGUGAAAGAAAAAGAAUUAUUAGACCUUCGUUCGACAACUGCAGCUGAAAUAGAGGAAUUAACAAAACGUUAUCAAGAUCAAAUUGAAGAAAAAAUGAAAUGUAUAGAAGAAGCAAAUGCUUAUAUAUCUCAAAAAUCUCUAUUGUUCAGUAAAUUAGAAAAUGAUGUAUUUGAAUUGAAAUCAAUUCUUGCAAAUAAAGAUGAAGAGAUAAAAAAUCUCACACAAAAGACUUUAGAAUUACAGGAUGCACUUACUUUAUCGGAAAAAAAUAAAGCGAUUCUGGAGAAUAAACUUCGAGAAUUUGAAAAUAAUAUAGAAAAAUUAAAUCAACAAGUUGCUAAUUCAGAAAAUAAACUGUUGCAAGUUACAUCUCAAAAAGAAAAAUUGGAAACUGAUAUAACAAAUCUAAUAAGUACUUCUACUGAUUCGUCAGAACAACUUAUGAAAUAUAAUGAAGAUUUGCGAAUAAAAGAAAAAGAACUUGAUGAAGUUAAAGAUAAAGCAUUCAAAAAUGAAACCUUACUCAAAUCAUUAGAAUCAAAGUUGAAUAAUAUGGAAGUAGAAUUAAAUAAAGCUAAUAAUUUGAUUCAAAUACAAUGCUCAGAAAUAGAGAAUAAUAAAUCUGAAUUAGAAAAAGAAAAAAAAUUGAAUACAGAAUUAUCUAUUAAAAUAAAAAGAUUUGAAACAGAAAAUGUAGAACUUGAAAAACAUAUAAAAGAAAAUAACUGUAUUAAAGAACAACUUAAAGAAAAAUCCCAGGAAUCAUUAAAUCUUUCAAAUGAGUUAGAAAAUAACAAAAAAGAAGUGAUUAAUUUACAAAAACAAUAUGAAACUUUAAAAAAUUCACAUAAAGAAGAGAUAUUUUCUCUUCAAAAAGAGAUUAAUGACUUAAAAAUGGAAUUAAAUACUUCUCAAGAAGAAACAAAGAUUUUACAAAAAACAAAAUCUAAGUUAGAAGCAAAUCAAAGUGCCAAUCGUUGGACGAUUGAAGAAUUGACAGAUAAAUUAGAAAUUGAAAUAGCAAAUCGCACAAAAUUAGAAUUAUUAAUAACAGAAAAAGAUAUUAAUUUGCAUGAAUUAAAAAAGAAAUAUGAAGAAUUACAGAAAAUAAAUGAAAGUUUAGUUACUAGUAAGGAAACCAUGAAUAAAGAUUUGACAACAUCAUUAGAUAUUAUGCAUAAUGAAGUAAAAGAAUUAAAAGAUAAACUAAUUGCUGCUACAGAAAUAAUUAAAGACAAAGAAAACGCUCUUGUUGAAACCAAAAAAGAAGCUGAACAAUUUGAAACACAACUUUCUAAAUUGAAUGAUACUCUCAUAUCCAUGCAAAAAGAACAAAGGAAUAAAGUAAAUGACAUGAAAAAAGUAGAGGAAGCUCUACUAGAGAAAGAAAAAGAAAUAUCUAAUAUUAUUGAAACAAAAAUUUCUUUAGAAAAUAAUGUAAAAAUGUUAGAAUCAAAAUUAGAAAAAAAUGUAAAAGAUUUAGAAUUACAGUUAAAAACUAUACAAAAGGAAUUAGAUGUAAAAAAUAAUAUACUUCAGGAAACAGAACAUAUGAUGAAAGAAUUGAAAAGUUCCAAAGAAGAAUCUGUAAUGAAAUUACAAAAUACUUUAGAAUGUGAAAUGAAAGCUAAACAAACUGAAUUUGAAUCUAUAAUGCAAAAAAAUUCUGAAUUAGAAAAACAGCAACAAUUGUUUCAAGAUAUAAUAGAGAAACAAAUUAGUGAUUUAAAUAAUAAAGAAAUAACUAUUGAUAAAUUAACAGCACAAAUUAAGGCUUUAGAAAAUGCACAAACAGAAAAAUUAGAAAUGGAUAAACAAAUAGAAAGUGAAGAAGUUAAAUUUAUGCAAAGUAAAUUAACUGAAGCGAUUAAAGAAAAUAAAAAUCUAAUUGAGAAUAAAGAAUCUCUUGAAAAAUUAUUCAAAGAACAAGAACAAAAAAUUGAAAUACUUACAAAUAUCAUAAAAACUAAAGAAAAAGAAACUGAAAAAAAUGUUCAAAAUUUGAUAGAAAAAUUAAAUCUUAUGUCAAUGGAAACAAUACAUUUAAAAGAAGUACAAAGUAAUUUGGAAAGGGAGAAUAAACAAAUUACAGCUAAAUGGACAGAAGCAACAAAUCAAUUAAAACUAACUCGCGAAAAUAUAAAAAAUAGUUAUGAUGCAGCUGGAGGUGAUAUGAAACAACAUAUAGUGGAUAAGGAUAUUGAUAUUUUAAAAUUAAAAGAAGAAUAUGAAACAGCAAAAAGUCAAAUAGAUUUCUUAAAUUCUGUAAUAGUUGAUAUGCAACGUAAAAAUGAAACUUUACUAUGUAAAGUGGAAGUUCUUGAAAUGGGAAUACCUUCCAAUGAAGCUGAUGAAUAUACCAAAACAACAUUAGAGAAACGUAUGGCUGCACCACGUAUGUUCUGUGAUAUUUGUGAUCAAUUUGAUUUACACGAAACAGAAGAUUGUCCACGUCAAGCUCAAGACUUUCUAGAUACAGAAAAAAUCGUAAAGUCUUCAAAAAAACCACCGGUGGAAAGACCGUAUUGCGAAAAUUGUGAAAUGUUUGGACAUGAUACUCGUGAUUGCGAUGAUGCUGAAACAUUUUAAUAGAGUAUUGUCAUUCAUAGAUAUUUUAUUGCUUCUCAAAAAUCCUAAUUACAAAAAAAAACCUGUUGAAA